GAACUUUGGUCUGAUCAGAGUAUAGAAAAAGUGACGGAAGAGGAGCUGUUAAAAAGGGUGUGACGUGAGAAUGAGGUGAAAAUCAAAUCUGCUCCACCGACGAAGGAUUUUGGAUGAAGGAGAAGCUCCGCGUUUUUCUCUGUUUAUCCGCAUUAUUUCAGCCUGUUAUCAGUUUUUUUUUGUUUGUUUGUUACUGUUUUGCUUAUUGAAACCGCAUUUAAAGGGAAUCCUCGGUGUUCCCGAAGACAGGAGGAUUAAAUUCCCAGCCGUGUAGCUCCACCUCUUCGUGGUGUCGUUGAGGAACCAAACAGCAGCAGGACGCACAGGAUCUCCAAAGAGCGCACAGACCGGCAAAGUGCUGUUGGAUUUUCCUCUGAAGGAGUGAAAACGUUCCACCCUGGGAUCCUGCCGUAAGUUAAGUAAAGGCAACGUAUUUGCGAAGCACUUUGUUUUAUGUCGUAGUUGCAAAAUGAAAGGUGUAAAUGAGAGACAGCUGAGCCACUUUUGUGCUCCUGUUUGACUGAAUGUUGUCCGUCUGAGUGGGAACCAUGGUGGAACCGGUGGGAUUUAUGGAUGCGUGGAGAGCCCAGUUCCCUGAGUCCGAUCCACCUUGCAUGGAGCUGAACUCGCUGGGAGACAUUAAGCAGGAGCUGGAGAAAUGCAAAGCGUCCGUCAGGCACUUGGAAAAAGAGGUCAACAAGGAGCGUUUCCGGAUGAUCUACCUCCAGACUCUGCUUGCCAAGGAGAGGAAGUCUUAUGAUGGGGAGCGAUGGGGCUUUAAAACACCAGCUCAGACUGAUGAUGGGGACUUGAUCCCGAGUGGCACAGACCAUCAAAGAUCAAGCUCAGGUGGAGCAUCCAGGUGGAAACCACAUCCCGAAGAAGUUGAUGCUGCAUCCCCCAAACAGAAGGCCGGCGUGAUACUGGUCCACCAAGAGGCAGACACAUCUGAUGUCCCGGUGGGUUUGGGCUCGGUGGCGGCUCUAAGAUCCAACUUUGAGCGCAUCAGGAGGGCCAACUCUCACACAGCUGGGGAUAGCAGAGGGUUACUGGUGACUGGCGCUCCACAGAAACCUUUCUAUGUGAACAUGGAGUACCAUCAUGAGCGAGGGUUGGUCAAAGUUAAUGACAGGGAAGUCUCGGACAAGAUCAGCACCCUUGGGUGUCAGGCCAUACAGAUGGAGCGAAAACGGUCCCUGCACUCCCUGCCGGGGAACCUGUCAGUUGCCACAGGGGACCUCAGCAAGUCUGUGCAGAGAGGACGAGCCACAGAGGGUAACUACAGCCACAAUGGGUCAUAUGAAGACACAGAGGUCAUCCCACCCUUCUUGAAAGAGAGCAUUGGGACCCAAUCCACUGGGACAAAGUCUGAGCGACAGCUGGUAGAGUGCCAGCCGUACACCAGUGUGUAUGUUGGGGGAAUGAUGGCAGAAGGAGAUACCCGAAUCAUCCACAUUAAAGACCACAGCAUCGAAGAGGAUCCACACCUCACCUGGCCCAGGCGCUCCUACUCACCUGGCAGCUUUGAUGACAUAGGAGGUGGCUACACUCCAGAUUGUAGCUCUAAUGAGAACCUGACAUCCAGCGAAGAUGACUUCUCCUCGAGCCAGUCCAGCCAUGUGUCUCCCAGUCCCACCACCUGCCAGAUGUACAGGGAGAAAAGCCGCUCACCCUCUCAGCAUUCCCAGCAGUCCUUUGAGAGCAGCAGCCCUCCCACACCCCUAUCCCAAAAACACCUGAAGCAGCAGGUGAUGGUUUCUGAGGCCUCUGUGAUCACGGCCCAUAAAUCAGGCCAGAUUUGGCCCAGUGAUGGGGACUCCACCACAUCCUGCAGGACCUCUCAGGACAACAGCGUUCAAGGAGAUCUGGGUAGGUCUGCAAGACACAGUGCAAUUAAAGGAAUAUUGUUUCACUCACAGCUUCAAAAAAGAGAAGAAGGUUUUGAUGUAUAA